UCCUCCUUGUCAUCACAAGGGGAGCGUGGUUUAAUGGUUGAAGUCAGCGUGAAGGGAAGCUGAAAGUGUUGAAUACUCGAGAAUGGACGACGUUUCUAUUGACAGUUUAAUCCUGAAGCUUCACGACGUGAACGCGGUGAAGUUUGGAGAAUACAAGCUGAAGAGCGGCCUGCUGACACCGAUUUAUAUCGAUCUGAGGGUUUUAGUAUCCCACCCAGUCCUCAUGAACCAGGUGUCAAGUCUCAUUUACCAACGCGUGCAAGAAGAGGGUCUUCAGUUUGACUUGGUGUGUGGAGUUCCAUACACGGCCCUUCCUUUAGCCACCAUUAUCUGCUCAACACAUGAACUGCCCAUGCUCAUCAGGCGAAAGGAGGCCAAGGACUAUGGAACAAAGCGGCUGGUUGAGGGAUCGUUUCGGGAGGAGGACACAUGUCUGAUCAUUGAAGACACAGUGACCAGUGGCAGCAGCAUCCUGGAGACGGCAGAAGUGCUCAGCAAAGAAGGACUAAAGGUGACGGAUGCAGUUGUGCUAAUGGAUAGAGAGCAAGGUGGUGUGGAAAUGUUGGCCUCUCAUGGAAUCCGGCUCCUUCCCAUCAUCUCCAUGUUCAAGCUGCUGAACGUGCUGCUUGCAGCUGAACGCAUCGAUGCUCAAACCGCUCAAGGUGUCCGCAAGUUCAUCCUGGACAAUAACACAUACAGCCCCAAAAAGGAAAAUGGAAAUGAAGUUCCAGCCACCAAGAAGCCAUGUGUGGAACCAAAGAGGGAGCUGAGCUUUACUGAAAGAGCCAAGUUACCAAAUAUUCACCCUCUGGCAUCAAAGCUGCUGAGUAUCAUGGAGGAGAAACAGUCAAACCUCUGUGUGUCUGCUGACAUGACCAGCAGCGAGGAGCUGCUCCAGCUGGCAGAGUCUCUCGGACCAAAGAUCUGCAUGUUGAAGACCCACGUAGACAUCCUGAAGGACUACACGGAGGCCUUCAGCCAGAAGCUACAAGCUUUGGCUCAGGAACACAACUUCCUCAUAUUUGAAGAUCGCAAGUUUGCUGACAUUGGGAACACAGUCAAACAUCAAUAUGAAGGUGGAUUGUACCAGAUUUCCUCAUGGUCCCACAUAGUGAAUGCUCAUGCUGUGCCUGGGCCCGGCGUUGUGGAGGGUCUGAGUUCUGUGGGAAAGCCUCUGGGCCGUGGAUGUUUGCUCAUUGCACAAAUGAGCUCUCGGGGGUCUCUGGCUACUGGUGAAUACACAAAGACUGUGCUGGAGAUGGCGGAGCAGCACUCAGACUUUGUGAUCGGAUUCAUCUGUAGCUCUAAGAUCACAGAGAAGCCGGAGUUCAUCCACAUGACCCCAGGGGUGCAAAUGCAAGCUGGAGGAGAUUCAUUGGGUCAACAGUACACUUCUCCAGAGGAGGUUAUCUACAGCAAAGGCUCAGACGUCAUCAUUGUGGGACGAGGCAUCUUGCAGGCUUCUGAUAGGCUGAAAGCUGCAGAGUUGUACCGGAAGUUAGGCUGGGAUGCGUACACAAAGAGAGUGAGCCAGAGCAUUCAGUAAGAGCACAGGAGUGGAAUUUGCAUCAUCGUAAUCUAAUGUUAAAUUGAAACUACAUCAGUCAGAGCCUUUACUGAUAAAGCACAAGUAUUUGUGGGCACAGCCAGAAACGAUUUGUAGACAUGAUAACAGUGUAGGGAUGUAAAGAAUCUACACCUGUUACUACACAACCUCGCAGUUUGUACGAGUCUCCUUCCCCUCCGUGGUGCGUCUCACCAGUUUCCAGUGUGCAUUUAGAAUAAACUGACUUGUGUCCAAGGUAAAAUCUCUCUUAAUAAUUAAUUUUUUUCAUUUAGUUUUAUUUUCCUUUAUUCUCGUAAACUAUCAAAGUCCCUUAAUUGAUUUGUGGGAUAAAGCAAUAAGACUUCAGGUUCCAGUCCAGAUGAAUCUUCUAAAUCAUAAAUCCACCAUUCCUGUUUAUACUUUUUGUAUAACUGAUAGACCAAGAUGUAUAUAACAGGUAAGAGUGGGUGGGACUGGUGCUUUUAAACUGUAAAAUAUUUAGUUUAAAAUUCAAAGCUUUUUCCAGCUCACUAAGGAUUUGGGGCGUUACUGUCUUUUUGCUGCUCUUUGACUCCUCAAACCCCAAAAUCUUAAAUUAAUUUUGCGUUUCAACAACAUGGACAAGCUGAACAGUCUGUAUGACUUUCAUUUUUCAGCCUCUUCAAUUUCUUUUAUUGUAAAUUGAUCCAUGAGAUCAGUGUGACUAAGAUAACAUUGAUACUUUGAUAAGGACCAGUUUGUACCGUCCAUAUUUUUUAUUUGACAUAACAAAAACUGAAAUCAGGCAAAAUGUCAUGCAAUGUGUGAUCUGAUUUAAUAAAUGAGUGUAUAUGUAAAGAAGGGAUCAGUUUGUGCUAGCUGGGCCAUGACAGUUGCACCGAGCCAUUUCAUGUUUCUCAGUGUUUUCCUGGAUUUACUCAAUGGCAUUUCUUCUCUUUCUGUAACCUUGUUUAAUCUUUUUCCUUCAACUAAAAAUACAUGAUGUGUCUAUUUUUGUCAAAUUAAUGCCUGGAAAAAAAAGCUGGCAUGAACAUUGCAAACUGACAGUAUUGGUAGAUUUAUAGUGAAAAUGCAUUUAAAGAUUUAUAAAAGACAUUGUUGUUUUCUACCUUUUGAGAGCAAUACUUUAGAUGGUGCAUUAAAAUUCUAAUAAUCAGCAUUUAAUUUCAGUAUUUUCUGUACUGGCUUGAAAUAAACCUGUUUCAACAAAGAGCUAAGUCUGACGACGCCAUUAAUUUAAGCCAUUGUAGUUAGAUGUUUUUUUCUUUGACUUUUUAAUAUCAAAGGCAAAAUUUAUUGGUUGAAUUUAAGGGGAUGAACAAAUGAGUUUGGAUUGGAGGACUUGUCAAAGAGACAUGCUGAGAUUUGAGCAUCUAGAGUUCAGAAGAGUUUUGCAUUUUGUUCAGUUCAGCUGAACGAAGAGUUUUAAUUUUCAUAAGAUUUGUGCCAGAUAUGUGAAAAAUUGUGAAAAAUAAAAAUGGUUGAAACUAUGUCAAAUGAA